AUGCGGCGCUCUGCAGCGCUCCCCCCACCAAUCACCGCACUGACUGGCUCGUGCAAAGCACGGUGCUCCAGCGAAAGGGCUCUAGCUGGGCUGCAGCUCUGCUCCACUGCGGCCUCCAAAGUCCACAGACUCAGAGUGGCCGAGGACGGAAUCCUGCGCCAAAAUGGCAUCAUGAAACGGGGCAUUCGCCAAUUUUCUGUGGCAGCAGCCUCCGAGCUUAUUGCGGCGCCCAUGGGUCCAGGCAUUGCAGCCAGGUCGGUGCUCUGGCGCCUCACAGUGGUGGCCCUGCUGGUGCAGGCGGUGUGUGCGUCGUCACGGCUGCCCCUGCAGGUGGCAGAGCAGCUGCGCGGCAGGCAGGACCCCGUGCGCAAGCUGCUGCAGACAGCCGCCAGUGUGCCACCUUCCACAGAUGGCACCGCCCCCAUUGGCAUCCCCGCCCCCUCGUCUGGCUUCUGCGCCAGCGCCAUGUACCCCACCACGUGCACCAUCCCCGGCACCGCCACGCCCUACUGCUGCCCGGCAGGCUACUCCUGCUUCCCCGGCAGCGGCUACGCAUGCUACAAGCAGAGCCCCGACGGCUCCUUCCCCAGCCAGCCGUCCAACUUCGGGUGUGGCGCCAUCAUCGAGAUUGGGCUGGACACCAUCCAGGAGCUGUUCAUGUCCGGGCAGCUCACGUCGCGCGCGCUCGUGGAGUGCUACCUCAAGAGGAUUGCCGACUACGACAGCAUUGCCACAUUUGCAGGAAUGGCGCCGUACGCCAUCAACAGCGUGCUGGAGAUCGACCCCGACGUGCUGGCCAUCGCCGAGGCCCGCGACCAGGAGCGCAUGGCGUGCCUGCCGGAGUGUGCGCUGAGCAAGCUGCACGGCGUGCCCAUCGGGCUCAAGGACAACAUCAACUCGGACGGCAUGAACGCCACCGCCGGGUCCUGGAACCUGCUGGGGUCGUAUCAUAAGCAGGCGCCCAUCGUGGACCUGUUGAUUGCGGCGGGCGGCAUCAUCAUGGCCAAGAUGGGCCUCUCCGAGUGGGCCUUCUUCCGCGCGGGGGUGGAACCCAAUGCCGUCGUCUCGGGCUGGUCCGGUCGCGGAGGACAAGUCUACGACCCGUAUGUGCGGUACCAGCCCGUAAACAUCACUGCGCGCGUCAGUCCGUACCCGGAGGUCCCGAGCGCCAUUCCCGCUGGCUCCGUCUUCACCGCCGUCAACAGCCCCACCAUCGUGUCCGGCAGCUCCGGCGGAUCAGGAGCCGGAACGGCCACCAACAUGGUCGCCGUGACGGUCGGCAGCGAGACUGGCGGGUCCGUGCUGCUGCCCGCCCGCAACAACGGCAUCGUCGGCUUCCGUCCUACUGUGGGCGUCAUGAGCCGCAACGGCAUCGUCCCGCUCGGGGCCACGCAGGACACCGCAGGGCCCAUGUGCCGCUACGUGGCGGACUGCCUGUACAUGUUCGACGCGAUGGCGUACGAUGACCUGGCGGACCCCAUCCACUCGGGGGCCACGCCCUGGCUGCCGCCCUACACGCGCCCCGCGGGGGGCUACCUGCCGUACCUCAAAAAGGACGGCCUCGCGGGCAAGAAGAUCGCGGUCGUCCCGCUGCCCGCCACCACCACUGGACCCGCUGUUGCGGCAUAUGCCGCGCUGCCAGACUUGCUCAGGUCUCGCGGCGCCACUGUAGACGUUUUACCGUCCAACUUCGCGUUCCUGACCCUGGGCGGCAACCUGUUCAACGGCGACUUCAAGGUCGACAUCAACCUCUACCUUUCGCAGCUCACGUGGAAGGCCGGGUACACGGUGCAGAAGAGCCUCGCGGACAUGAUUGAGUACAACAAAAAGAACUACGAGCUGGAGUUCCAGGGCGGCGUGUGCUGCCGCGGCGACCCUGCGUACGCCAACAUGUACCAGCAGAGCUGGGAGGCCAGCCAGGCCACCGGGGACAAGCGGGACGCCGCCUACCUCAGCGCAAGGACGAACUCUUCCAUCAUCGCUGCGAGCAUCAGCGACUUCUUCAAGAGCAACAGCUACGACGCCGUCGCCAGCAACGGAAACCUUAUUGGCACUUGGGCGCGCAUCGGGUUCCCCGGGCUGACGGUGCCGUGCUUGGGCGUGAACGCGGUGGGCCUGCCGCAGGGCAUCACGCUGCACGGGUACCCCUACAACGAGGGCGACCUGUUCGCCAUCGGGUACGACAUCGAACAGAACCUGUGCCCGGGGGGGCGGCCCAAGCCCACCUACUGUAACAGCCAGUCCUGCUAAAGGACAUGAAUCGCACUGCCGCCCGCCUGCGAGCGGAAGGCAGAUUUCUACCGAUGAACACCCGAAGUAGUGCAGUUCUCAGGACGUAAAGUAUGUUGUGUUUUGAACACGUGUUGCCUUAAGUUAUGGUUGAAGCUGGCCAGACCGACCCUUUUGAUCGCCGCAGUAGGCAUCUUUUACGGUCGACCGGCAAAGAUGAUGCUUUCAACAGAGACUGGCUUAUGAGGCCCAGCUUGCAAAAGUUAUACGCUUCGCUACAGCAGAAGUCCCUGGUCCUUUCAAGUGCUGGCAAUGGAUUCGUCCUCAUAAGACCACGGUCAACAGAUGUACAGAAGCCGCUCUAGAUUUUGGACUUACUAAGUUUGGAAAAUUCUGCAAGGGUCAGACAAAGUUUCGUU